AGAAACCAGAAGGAGAGUAUUCACGUUUUGAGUCUCCUCGUGGAAAGUAGUACACUUCAUAUUUGACGGAGGCCACUGGGGAGCCACUUGGAGGAAGGGAAAAGGCCCUCAUGUGCAGUGACACUCGACGUUGCUUGAAGACAAGACAGAACCCCACCAAAGGGAUUCCCGGAGUGUAAUAUCUGAGAACUGGAACUCGCCGGGUAUUGAUUUCUCGUAGUGCAUCGCCGGGCGAGGGACAGAAGGUGUGGCCCCUGUGUGAUUCACGCGAGCACAGGUGACGGACGAGGGGCUCACGCAGGCAUCAGGAAGCAAGUACUUGGCUCUCGUGGCGUCGUCGGGGGGCCCGUCUUGCAGUCUGACUUGGUUGCAUCAUCGAAGUAGCUGAGGCGAUGAUUAGGACGCGCAAGCUUGUUGGGGACGCAGGUUCCCCGCCCGGCAGUUCAGGAGAGAAGAGGAUGAACUACAUUGGCAAGUUCAUAUCCAACUUCAAGGAUUUCUACAACGAGAUCAAUGCUGCAACUCUAACAGGAGCUAUCGACGUGAUCGUAGUCCAGCAGGAAGAUGGCACGCUUGUCAGCUCACCGUUCCACGUCCGCUUCGGCAAGAUGGGCGUCCUUAGGAGCAGAGAAAAGAUGGUUGAUAUUGAGAUCAAUGGAGAGCCUGUUGACAUCCACAUGAAGCUUGGAGAGACAGGGGAAGCAUUCUUUGUUGAGGAGGUUGAGGAAGGUGAUAAUAUAAGUCCCCUGCUUGGGACGUCACCCCUUCCCACCUCAGUACUACAUAGCACCUUCUCGGGGAACACUGAAGGCCUCGAGUAUCCAAAGAAUGACAGCUCUGAAAAUUCUCAACCUUCUUCAAAUGUACCCAAAACACUUGUCAGUGAUGUUGGCCUUUCAAGUGAAGGGGUUGAAGGGGAGGAAAUUCAGACCCAUCAGAGGACUGAGACACAAGAUGACAAAACCAAAGAAGAAGACCUGGAACUGGGGGUGAUAAAGAAAGUAAAAAAGAGUUGUGAGAAGAAAGAUGUUAGAAACAGUUUUUCCCAAACUGAUGAGUCCUUCAAACUAUCAACAAUUCCUAAGAAGGGAGGAAAAGAGGCAGCUACAUCUAAGAGUCUACAGAAGUUGGCUAGAAAUGAUGAUAGACGAAGCAGCUUGCUGGCUGAGGCACAUGGGAGCAAAACUGAUGGGGAGGAGACUGCUAAAGUCACCAAGAACAGUCGUCGUAAACGCAAGAAGAGGUGCUACAGCAAGAAGCAGCGUCCCAAGAGUUCAGGAAGUCAAUCGAGUGACACCUCCACUACAAGUGAGGUGGCAGAUCUCACUGCUGUUCUUCCAGCAGUACCAGUAGCCAACCAGGAGGGCAUUUUCAUCAUGGAUGAUGUUGAGUCAAGUGAAAAGUCUGUUCCAAGUUCAUCUCCUCUCACCAAAAACAUGGCACAGUCUGCAUCAAUGCCACUCUUACACGAAAAGUCUCGGGAUGAAGCCGUGGCAGAGUGGAAUGGUGCCCUGUCGCGAUCCAUGGGGCCGGAUUUCCACCCGUUCAGCGACACAGAUCUCAGUCCUCCCCCAAGUCCUUCCAACUCACGGCCACCUACACCAAUCAAGUCAGACACCGAAUAUGAAGUCGAGCGACAAAAGGCAGACUUGAUUGAUAGUUCAUCUCAGACUGAUGAGAACAAGUGGCAAUGGACAUGGGGAGAACUGCCUACUCCACCUCCUAAGACACCAACACGCCUGGCCACCUCCCACCCAGACUCCCCUCUCACCAAGACAAACACUGACCAGAAUGGCAUGAUUGGGAAGGACGAAGAUGAUGAACGCUCAGUGUUGGGCAGUAUGUUUAGAUUCAUGCGGGUCACCAAGAAGGCUCGCCAUAACCCUGAGAGUGAGGGGAUUUACCUCGAUGAUCUUAACUUGGAAGAGCUGGACCCUGAAGUGGCAGCUCUUUACUUUCCUCGAAACUUCAGAGUACCAGAAAAGUCUGGUUACAGUGGCUAUCCUUCUGGUAAGAGUGGUGCCAAAGACGAGGAUGCAGAGUCUGGCAAUGGUCCUUCCCUCCCUCAUUCACCGCACAGUGUGGAAGGUGCCAUUGGGGGUCCAAAACUGUGUAGCGACUCAGAUUUUGAAGAUUCAAGACAUCCUAGUUUUGAUUACAAGGGCUACCAAGACAUUGCCUUCUCACUGUGUGGCCGCCUCCAUGAAUAUGAAGGCGACUUCCCGGAGAGCCUCUUCUUGCAGAGCCUAGUUACCUAUGAUGACUUCUGUGAGAAUCCAAACAUCCUAGACAAUCCUGAUCUUGUGAUAAGAUUUGGAGGGAAAUACCUGAACUGGGCAACUGCAUCUCCUCAGAUUAUGUCUCUCGUGCUGUUCCAGCGGCCUGUCCCCCAGAAACUUUCCGAUGAACUCGUGAGGGAAAACAUGCCCAAGAAGACCAGGAAACGCUCUGAGUCCAAGGGCUACUCGUGGUUCUCUUGGAGGCGCAACAAUCAGGCGGAGAAUCCCGAGGCCAACAAGAACAGCACUGAUGCUGAGAAGGCCGCCCUUGCAACGGCACAGUCAAAGGAGCAAGACAACAUUUCACCUUCUGACCCCAACCUUAUUGAAGUAACUGUAGCUGAAACACAGACCAGCUUACCUGGAACUCCUAGGAAACAAGGACUUCAUGACCGCAAAGUGGGAACAGAUUCUUCUGAGUCUGAGGAUAUGGAGGAAGGGAAGGAGAGAAAGUUUUCAGGAGAAAGAUACAAAAAAAGCUUGAGACUUUCAUCAGAAGAGCUUGUAAAGCUCAAUCUGAAAGAGGGAAGAAAUGAAGCAUUGUUCUCCGUGACAACUGCAUACCAAGGAACUACACGUUGCAAGUGCCAUAUCUACCUAUGGAACUACAAAGCUAAGAUUGUAGUUUCAGAUAUUGAUGGAACAAUUACUAAAUCUGAUGUACUGGGCCACCUCUUGCCCAUCCUAGGGAAGGACUGGGCCCAGAGCGGUGUCGCACAACUCUUUACAAAGAUCAAGAAUAAUGGAUACAACUUUUUGUACCUGUCAGCACGUGCCAUAGGGCAAGCGCGCAUCACCCGAGACUACCUGAGGUCUGUCAAGCAGGGAGACCUGUCCCUCCCAGACGGACCUCUGCUCCUUAACCCCACGUCCUUGGUUCAGGCUUUCCACCGCGAGGUCAUUGAGAAGAAACCAGAGGAGUUCAAGAUAUCAUGCCUGAGAGAUAUUCAAGCUCUUUACCCAUCUGACAGAAAUCCAUUUUACUCAGGAUAUGGAAAUAAAAUUAACGAUGUGUGGGCUUACCGUGCUGUUGGCAUCCCAAUAUCACGAAUCUUCACCAUCAACCACCGAGGUGAACUGAAACAUGAACUAACGCAGACAUUCCAGUCCUCGUACUCCAACCUAAGUGAUAUAUCCAACCACAUGUUCCCUCCAGUGGCUCUUCAGGAGACUCUCGGGGAGUAUUCAUCCCUUCAGUACUGGCGGCCUCCCAUGCCUGAUGUAACACUGGAAAUAGAGGCAUUACUCUCCCUAGAGAGAGGAAAAUAACAGAAUAAGAUCAUAGGUCUUAAAAAUUCUUCGAGGAAUUGUGUGGGGUGGCCAAGGAUGUAAGUACAUUCCAACAUAUUUAAUUUUCUAAGAAGUGUACCUGUUUUAUAAGUUUUGCUUUUCUACAAUUUUUUUUUCUGCUCACUUAAAAACUUCAAUGUUUGGGCUAAUUGAAAAUCUGAAGAAAAAAAAAAAGACAUUUGGGACAUGGCACCGUGCCACUGUAGAUUAUCAGUCUGAAAUACUUGAAUUGCUCUGCCUCAGGGAAUGGUGAUAAAUGGAUGUGAUUACAUGCAUGACGGUUACUGCCAUGUUGAACAAGUUGACACGGUUAUUUCAAACAUUACCUAGUAGUUAUAGGGUUGAAUUGAAUAAUUUGUUUUUUCAAAUUGAUAUUUGAAUAUUUAGAUUGUUAACUGUAAAAGUCACUGCUCAUUUUCAUUAAAUGCCUCUACCCCUGCAACAUAUUGUUAUGUAUGUUAACACUUCUAUUUAUAUAUUUUAGUAGUUGUGAAAAGGUGAACAACUACCUGAAUAUAAAUGCAAACAAGCUAACCUGUUUGUAGAGAUAAAAGUAAGCCAGUGGUGUGCUGUGGUUAAGUGACAAUUGUUUGAUUUGUGGGCAUUACACAUUUACUUUAUACUGAUGUGCCAUUCUGCUGUUUCAGUAAGUUAUUAAGGAUUAAAGUUGAUAGUCAUAAUCGUUAAAAGGGUAAGUUAUUUAUCACUGACCUCCAAAGAAGCUCUGCAGUAACUGUUGAACUGACUGAUAAAUAAGUAGUGUGUACACUUAUGAAGGUUUUUGUUAUUUUUGUUGUUAGGUUUAGUAUAAGAAUUAUGCAUAUCAUUUAGUGUGCUAUUCAGGGAAUUAUCAUCAUUUAUUUUUGUAGUGUAUAUCAUAUCACUUGUUUGUUAAUUUCAUAUUUCAUAAUCAUGGCUCAUAUCUUUGUAAUUCUCAGAUACUUUUUGGUUACUAUUUGUUACUUCUUGUCUUACAUUAAAAAAUGAGUUUUUUUCUGUACUUAUGAAAGACAGUUAUGAAAGAGUAGAUCACUGCAUAAUACAUGCUAAAACGACUUACGUAUAUUCACCUUAAGAAGAUAGCCAUAGUUUGUACAUUACACUGACCAUCUGUGAUCCAUUAGGAGGCAACUUCAAUUCCUCGAGUGGUGUGCAGGGCAGCCUUGUUAUACCGUCACCUGUGAUUUAUUGAAUAAUGCCUCCAGGUGCUCCAUACAAUCUAGGAAUUCGUGAAAAUUAUGAUUAGGUUCAAAUACGAAUAACAUUUUGAAAAAAAUUGCUGUUAGUAAAAAAAUUCUUAAAUAUGUUACCAAUUCCUUUAGUUCCUGUUGUAGUUUUAGAUAUACAGCUGUGGUUCAAGAAAAAAAAAUGUAUUAGCUUUCAUUCCUGUCAUUAAAGCUAUUACAUAAUUACUUGCACAUCAAAACAUGAAUUUUCUGUAAUUCAAGUGUUGUCACUAAACUUGUGAAAUAUGGUGGGAUAAUGUCUGCCUACACUGUGAAAUUUUAAGUGGUUGGAAAGUUUGAAAGCAUGGUAAUUUUAAAGGUGCUGCCUCAGCAGAUGUUACUUCUACAUGUAACACUUUCAUCGCCAGGGGCUCCAGGUAUGUGUUCAAAUUUGACUGUGGAUCAGCUGUACCUCAGUGAAAAGUUGUCAAAACAGUCUUGUUUAACAUUUAUAUAAAUGACAGACCUAACAUAAACUCAAGAGAACAUAAUUCCUCUGUUUUCUCCAUUUAAUUUUGAUUACUAUCAACAAAGUCCCAUAAACAUUGUGUUGGUUUUAUUUGCAUUAGUCAAUAUUGGCAUUAAUAUAUUCAAUUUGGAAGAAAUACUAAUAAAAAAGAAUGGAGAUGUGAUGGGAAGGUGGUUGAAUCAAUUAUUGUUCAGCUGGACAAAAUGUUUGGGGUGUAUACAUUGAGUCAGGAAGGUGAAACUCCAUAGUCAGUCAUCCUCUCAGGAAUGAAUGCUUAAAUGUUCCUCAUCUGAUAAACAUGAGUGAAUAAGAAAAUGAUAAUAUGCCAGACAUCAAAGGUCAUAUGGCACUAUGGUGUGGGCAGAGGAAAAGACACCGGUGUGUGGGAGGGUGAUACCCUAAAUGGGAGAACUGUAAGCUUAGAUUUAAUAGAUGAGUUCCUUGAAUGACAUUGGUAUUCUGAGAUAUUGCUUAGACCAUAGUUAAGCAAAUAUUAUGUUUAAUAUUUGUGUAUUUUGUAAGAACUACUCACUCCAUGAACAUUUAUUUUUCAAUGUGGAACUUUGUUGCAUAUGUUGUGUGCGUCUUAUUUCUUGCUUGUAUCAGGCACUUCUCAAAUUAAUUUAUUGAUUAAUUUUCACAUUUAUUGAUUGUGGCAAACCUCAUAACUUAAUAUGAUCAUGAAUUUGUGUAACAUGAAUAACUGCUGUGUGCGGUGCAGAGUUAUGCAGCCGUAACAACAAAUUGACACUAGUUUGGGAAGUUGUUUAUGAAUCUACAUUCCCUAGGAACUAUGUUACCAUUACAUGUCUAGAAGUGAAUGGCAUUUGCAAAUUAAAAAUUACUGGAUAAAAAAAUGCUUACCAACAGUGUACCUAUUAUCAUAACAAAACUCCAGUAGUAUUACAGCAUGUCUUACUGUGUGAUCUCUACAAUAUACCAUUAGUGAUUUUCUAUUUCAUACUUCCACUUGGACAGUGUUCCAUUUGCAUUCCUCAUUUUUUUUAAGUCAUUAAUUUGAUGAUAGUAUUCAGCUUGAUGUGUCCUUUGUGCUAUUGUAUUUUUACAUAAAAAGUAAUGCUCUCAGGCAUUUAGGGUCUGACUUUUGAGAUGUUAAUACACUAGCUUAGCCAUCUGCAGCUUUUUCUACAACAGUAACCAAUAAAUAGCUCUUGCAGCAAUAUUCCCUGGAGAAUAUAUGGAACAAAAUAUAUAAUCUUUCUUAGAAAUUAUUAUAAUCCAGUUCCCUUAUAAAGGUAUGCACUAUGCACAUCCAUCUUUCUAGUCAACAUAAAAGGAACUAUAUCAUAUGUUAACCCUGUAUAAUGGAAGUGCACAAUCUAUACAUUUAGUAUUUUGCAGUGAUGUUAUAGUGUAAUACAACACAAUGUUCCUUUGGUUAUCUAGCAUAGCUACUUACACUGUUGGUUUUAAUUUAUUGCCAGCCUGCUAUUAUGAUACAUUCAUUAAAAGUUUGAUGAAGUCACAGGUUUUUGACAUGUGAACUAUGACAUUGUCUUGUCUUUUGUUAUGUGAUGUGCUCACAAUAAAAUGUGAAUGUGAUAA